CCGCUCCAACAUCAUUUUCCUCUAAAUAAAAAUACUUAGAAUCUCAACAUGAAAUGGUCCUGGAAGUGGACCCGCUCAGCCGGACCAGAACCAGCAGAACUCUCGACCCUGUUCCUCAAAGAUUCUACUGGAUCAGAACCAGAACCCAGCAGGUCCAGAACCUGUUCUGCCUUGGUUAAGCACAGCGGUUCUGAAGGUCCAAAUAGAUGCAGAAGGUCCAGGUGGUUCUGAUCCAGUCUGACUACAAGAAUCAGCGCCUCCCAACAGAACCGGUCCAAAACAGACUGCUGGAUGCUGCGUCGCCAGGCAACCGGAUGCUGCCAGAGCGUUGCCAUGGAGAGGUCCGAGAAGGAAUCACCUGAUCAGAACCAAGACGGGUUCUGGACCCAGCAGGCCUCCAGAGCCAGCCAGGACCCGGUUCGGUCAUCAGCAGCUCAUCACCACUCAGCCUCUGGACCCUCCGAACCGCCCGCCAGGGAUUACGGGUCACCGGAACCGGCUAUAUUUGUCUCGCGCUCGGAGGAAAACAGGAAGUGGUUUAUUUUUUAUUUGUAGUUUUCUUGAAAACCUGAAACUACAAGAACAAAGAUCAAAAAGCUGCUCAGUAAAAGAAUCGGACUGGUUCCGGACGGACCUGCUGAACGCUCUCUGGUCCAAACAGAACCAGAACCUAGAAUUGGGUUUUUCCUGUAUGGAGUUCGGCGAGCCGCGCGACCAGGCGCCCACGUCACGCUCCGUCCAGCUGUUGCACCUGCGCGAAUCGUUACCUUUAAGAUGCUCGAGGGAUAAAGCCUCGAACCGGACUCCAUUACAGCCCGGAGUUCGGCCAGCCCGUCCGGACCGGCCGGCCCGUCUCUGUUCCUGACCGACCGCUGCGGAGAGGUUCCGUUCGGCGCUGAGGACGGAUUAGCGGCUGGAGCUGCUUUCUGUCGGAGGAGGAGACCCACGGCACGAGACGGGGUCCGCGCGGAGGGAGCACGAGCCCAACCCUUUCCCUUUAAAGCGCCGACAGGGGGGAGAAGAGGAGAUCAAAGAGGAGGGAGGAGGGAGCGGGAAAAACCGAAACUCCUCCAGACGCCGAGGCGGAGCCACGGACCGGGCCGGGCCGGGGCGCCGCUGAGCGGCGGAGGCGCAGCAGGAAACACCGAGGCUUGGCUCCUGCAGCGGAGGCCUUCCUGGAAGAUCCGAAUAAAACUGCAGAACAGAACCGAGCCGGUCCAACUGCCCGGUGCCUCCAGGCUGCAGCUGUUUGUAUUAAAAUGCACCAACCAUCACUGGGCCUUAGCACACCGCAGAACCGAGCCCUGCUGGACUCUCUGAGCUGUCAGUGAGCAGGAGCCACCAGGCCCCAUAAUCGGAACCAGAACAUUUGGCCCUGGGUUCCGGGCCCCCCUCCUCCUCCCUCCCCUCUCUGCAGGCCCUCAGCAUGGACACUUCCUGGAGCAACUUCCUCUUCCAGCCGACCCAGACCCAACCCGAGGCGCCGCUUCAGGCCGAGCUGCUGCCGGACCUGACCGGGUCGGCCCAGAGUCCCCCGGCAGAACACAUCGCGACGCCCCCGUCCACCGUUGACACGGCCGCCCUGAGCGAGGAGCCGCUGCCAGUCAAGCCGCUGCCCAAGCCGACCAGGCCGGCCCACAUCUGCUCCACCUGCAACAAGGAGUUCAAGAACAGCUACAACCUGCGGCGCCACCAGUCCGUCCACACGGGCGUCAAGAUGAAGGACCGCGCGGCGCGGGACAAGGAGGACGGCGCCAAGACGGGCCGGCUGGAGAAGACCGCCAUCCCUCUGUCCCUGCUCCAGCUCACCCUGCCGGCCCAGCCGCUGCCCCCGGCCGGCGCCCCGGACGCCCUCGCCCCGCUCGCCGGCCAGGACGCCCAGCCGCUCUCCGUCUCCAUUGCCCCGGCAACCGUCACCAUGGCCGCGCCCCCUCAGCCCAUCCAGGCGGCCAUUGUUGUGGUGGGCUCCAUGGAGCAGAAUCCCAGUCCCAGCCCGGUUCCCAACCAGGUGAGGAAGAACCAUGCCUGUGAGGCGUGCGGGAAGGCCUUCCGGGACGUGUACCACCUGAACCGGCACCGGCUGUCCCACUCGGACGAGAAGCCGUACUCCUGCCCCGUCUGCCAGCAGCGCUUCAAGAGGAAGGACCGCAUGAGCUACCACGUCCGCUCGCACCAGGGCGGUGUGGAGAAGCCCUACAUCUGUCCGCACUGCUCCAAGGCCUUCUCCAGACCGGAUCACCUCAACAGCCACGUCCGACAGGUCCACUCCACCGAGAGGCCCUUCAAAUGCACGACGUGUACGUCAGCGUUUGCCACGCGGGACCGCCUCCGUGCGCACCUGAUCCGCCACGAGGAGAAGGUGCCGUGCCACAUCUGCGGGAAGCUGCUGUCGGCGGCGUACAUCACUGACCACAUGAGGGUCCACAACCAGUCGCAGCACCACACCUGCCACCUCUGCAACCGCAGUUUCACCACCCUCACCUACCUGCGGGUCCACGCUCAGAAGCACCACGGCCAGGAGUGGAAGGAGAGCGGCGGGGCGCGGGGGGCCUUCGGCGGGGCCGGCGCCGGCGGCGUGCUGCUCUGCCAGCUCUGUGGGGUCCAGUGUAAGACGGCCACGCAGCUGCAGGGUCACAUGGGCACCCACGCCCCGCAGGGCGACCCGGCCCCCAACCGGACCAGCGCCGAGCCCGUCGGCACCACCAGCGCCACCGUCACCGUGGCCAGCCCGCUGCCGGUGGGGCUGCUGGUCACCGACUGCUCCGGCAUCGGCCCCCCGCCCCACAGUUAGCGCGGUGGGGGCGGAGGGGGCGGGGCCAGCAGUGCUGCCAGGUGAGGUCAGGUGAGGUCAGGUGAGGUCAGGGGAGGUCAUGAGGGGUCAUGAGGUUUUGGGUCGGGUCAACCUUCUGGUUCUCUUGUGUCGGUUUCAGAGACAUUGUUUCCAGGUGAGUUGCACACGCUCAGUCCAACUACGCAGGACAAAGGGUUCUGGUUCUGCUGCAGACGAACCGUUUGGGUUCUGGUUCCGGUUCUGCUGCAGAGGAACCGUUU